AUGGGGGAUGCAGGAUUUUACCGUGGAACGAGUUUCGAUCAAGAUAGCCGUUUUACGGACAAAGAACGCAAGUUAUUAAAGCAAAUGCGUUUCGAAGAUGCUCUUGAAGAGAAGAUUUGUAUGAGUCGUAUCAAUUUGGAUGUGCUAAAACCGUGGAUAACUGCAAAAGUCAAUGAGAUAUUAGGCAUGGAAGACGAUGUGCUCAUUGAGUACGUAUUCAGUCAACUUGAAGAGAAAACAAUCAAUCCGAAAGUUAUGCAAAUCAAUCUGACCGGUUUUUUGAAUGCACGACGUGCCAGAGAGUUCAUGGGUGAACUUUGGACGAUGCUUCUGGAGGCACAAAACAGUGAAGAUGGCAUACCGGCAUCGUUGGUUGAGAAGAAGAUAAAAGAAAUCGAAGAAAAGGCCAAGAAUGUGACCAUAACUUCGAAUGGCGCUGCGGCCGAAGCAGCUGGAACCGACUGGAAGAAUAGAUAUGACUCCAUAACAGGCGGUAAAUACAGUGGUAAAUCCAAGGAGAACGAUUCGACUGCGGCCAAGAAGGAUGAGGACAAACCUAAAGAACGAAACGAUGCAGACAGACGCAGACCCGAAAGGGAUCAUGACUCGAGAAGAGACAGAGACGCACGACGAACUGACGAUAGAGCAACAGAUCGACGUGAUGAACGACGGAAGGAUGAACGACGAGAGGACAGAAGACGUGAAGACGGUGACCGUAAAACGGAUAGGGACAGAGAACGAGAUCGAGACCGAGAGAAAGAUAGAGGAGGUGCGGUGGAAAGAAGACGAGAUGGAGACGAGAAUAACGAGGAUAAACAACGAUUGUCAUCGCGAUAUGAUAAAGAAGGCAGCAGAUCACCAACAAAUCGACGAAUGCAACGUGAAGAGCGAAGACGCAAACGAUCCACUUCGAGGUCACCGAAGAGGUCAUCACCGCCACCAAGACGUCGCUUCACCGAACGUAAACCUGAACCGAGCAGACGACAGCGAAGUCGCAGUCGAAGCGCUGAGCCACGACGCAAGAAGCGGAAAGAAGCAUAUUCAUCAGAUUCUGAAGAGGAAAGACACAGAAAAAAGAAGAAGAAGAAGCAUUCGAAAAGACACAACGGAGAGGAUGGCUCGGAGUCGGAGGAUGAACGUAACGAGAAGAAGCAACGAAAGAAGCACAAAAAGGAGAAGAAACGGAAACGACAUCACAGCUCGUCGUCAUCAAACUGA